AUGGCUUCCUUCAAAUCCGAUGUCGAUGAUUUUGGCUUAAAGAUAAUUCCUCUGGCUUCACUUCAUCGUAUCAAAUUCGAACCCAAAGUAACUCUUGUGGGCCUUGUUUUGAUGUUUUUGACAUACCGCAUCUAUGUUGUGAUUUACAGACUCUACUUUCAUCGUCUGGCUGGAUACCCUGGCCCAUGUCUCGCUGGUGCCUCGACGUUGUAUCGCGCAUACCACCAGUGCUGGAAGGAUGGGCGAAUGUUAGAGCAUGCAACACAACUGCACAAAAUCUACGGCCCCGUAGUGCGCAUUGCGCCAAAUGAAAAGCUUCAUUUCCGAAACCCAACAGCCUACCAUGAUAUCUGCUCCAAUGCCUUUGAUGGCAUUAAGGAUCCCGAUUUUUACGCUUUCCUUGGUGGCGAAGUUCCAACAUUCUUUGACAUGGGCGACCCUGUAGAGUACAAGGCGCGCUUUCGGCCAGUAGCAUCGCUUUUCGCGAAGCGUUUCUUCGACCAGUGUGAGCCCAGUGUGAAGCGAAAUGUUGAGCGAUUCAGCGAACUCCUAUCCGUGAGCGCACGAACCAAGAAACCCAGCAAUCUCGCACUUGGGUACCGUUCUCUCUUUCUCAGCAUUGUGAACGAAUUCGUAUUCAGCAGUGUUCCAGGUCGUUUCCAAUCUCUAGCAGAUGAAACCUUCGAAGAUCCGUUAGCUGUUACGACUGCUUCUAUAGUCAAUUGGGUUGACUGGUUUCGCCGGAACUUCCCAAACUUCAGCAAUUUUGUGAUGAUGGCACCUCCCAAAAUUGUGUCAUACAUGACGAGCGCAUUUGAACCUGGUGCUGAGCUCGAUAAUAUCGUGCAUGCUCUUGUCGAGCACGAACUAGACCCAAGCACACCGAAAAGCAAAAACUCCAUGGUGCAACGUCUAGUCAAUGCUCAUACAGAAAAUACUUAUGGGGAUGGUCAGCCUCAUUCACGAGCCACGCUCAGAGCCGAGGCCGCCGUGACCAUGAUGGGUGGAUUCAUCGACCUAUCAAAUAUACUCCCAUAUGCCACCUUCCAGGUAGCUAACAAUUUAGCUCUACAAGAGAAGCUGUAUGAAGAGCUCAAGAACGUCUGGCCGGAUUCUCGCACCCUAGGACCGGAUUAUGAAGUCCUUCGCCACCUCCCAUAUCUUUCUGCAAUUCUCAAAGAAUCCAUGCGUUUAACACAUGGAGUUGUUUCCGGUCCUGCGCGAGAGGUUGGUCCAACAGGUGCUCAUGUCGAUGGUUACUACGUUCCUCCCAAGGCAGCGGUGACAACUUCAUCUUACUAUGUACACAUGGACCCAACAAUCUUCCCCGAUCCUGAGAAAUUCAUGCCUGAAAGGUGGUUCGCGCACGAUCACUCAGAUUCAGUUGUGGUUUUCGGCAAGGGACGACGAAUGUGUCCGGCUUCGCACUUCUCGUAUAUGGAGAUGUAUCAUUCACUCGCCACGGUAUUCCGCCGAUUCAUGGUGACACCAUAUGAAACCAGCGAGAAAAACUUCCAAUGGAGACAAUAUUUUUCGAUCGAGUUCAUGGGCCCACUCAUGCGAGCGAUGCUGGAAGAGAGACGGGUCUAG